AUGGCGAGAUCUGGCGGCAAGCGAGGCGUGAUGGAGCACCACUGCCUGAACCGAUUCCGCCGCCGGCGACUCCUCGCCUUCCUCCGCCGCAACAGCCUCCCCGCCACCUUCGACGCGCUGAAGCACGAGACGAGCGUCUUCUUGGACGUGCGAUGCCUGCGGCGCCUGGUGGCGGACGGCCGGUGGAAGGAGGCGCGAAAGUACUUGAGCCACUUCCUGCCGUGCCAGGACGAGAUCGAGGCGCCCACCGCGCUCAGUUUUCUCACUCGCCUCAACGUUCUCGACGACCUCGCCCAGGGCAAGCUGGAUGGCAUCGAUUUGGCCCAAGAUCUCCGGAACCAAAUCGACGCUAUCCCUUCCACCAUGUUUCGCGAGGACCCGCACUACGCCUCGGCUGCCCGCACAGUCUUGUUCUGGCGCUCUCACCCGGCAAACUGGGGUCCCGUGGACUGGCAGCUCAUUAGGCGCAAAGCCGCGCAGGUUGUCAAGGACUUGGUCACGCGAACCCCCGAGUUCAGGCAUCUGCUGCGGUUGCCGCCGUGUCCAAGCCACCCAUGUUACACCAUCCCCUUCGGGUUUGGGGGUUGCCGGAGGCAUAAGAGGAAGAAGAACAUAGGCCGGAUGUCGGCAUCUCUUCUUGCCCGUCGUUUUCUUCACAAAGAGAGGCGUCAUUCCUCACCAUGGACUCAAGGUUCAUCGUGUGAACCUAUGGGUUUCGAGGAAAUUAUUGAUGAAACUAUGUUAGCUGGGAAGCUGGAGGUCAUAGAACAUUCAGAUUCUUGUAGUGAAGGCGAUCCUGGUUCUCCUGUUGGGUUAUCUAUUGGUAAAAGUUUUGGAACUGCACCUGCUAAUGCAGUCACAAAGCGUUUGAGUCAAGAAUGUUCCGCUGAAAGUUCCAAUGGUGCAAAACUAAAACCUACAACUGGGCAGUUUUGUCCGGAUGUCGUCGAUGCACGUUCUGGUUGGACGGUGGACGCCAAUCAUGUUUUAAAUAAAAUAGAAGCCCUCGGAGACAUUUCAACUGCCAUGGCCAUGCUAGUGAAUAAGACAUGCGCAUAUGGUGGUCCAGAUCACACGAUGUUCAUGGAGAAAAUAUUUGAGCACGAGAAGAUGAUAUUCGAACUGCGAUUAGAUUGCCAAAAAGCAAAAACUAAGAGGUUGAACUUCUCCAUUGGCAACUUGAGCACCCGACAGAACUAG